GCCCGCCCGCCAGGCCGCCGCCGGCCCGCCAGGCCGCCGCCGCCGCCACGCGCCAGGCCGCCGCCGCCCGCCCGCCCCUGCGCCACACGCCAGGCCGCCGCCGCCCCUGCGGCCUGCGCCACGCGCGGUGGGAGACCGGGGAGCGGCGACGCGGCAGGGACCUCCUCGUCGCCGUCGACUUCGGCCCCAAGCCCCCAACUCCAAGCACGCCUUCGACUGGGCGCUCGCGCACAUCGCGCGCAUCGCCGACACGGUCCACCUCGUCCACGCCGUCUCCAGUUUACUUGACCUCUGAGCCAUACCUUGAUUUUGCCGCGUCCUCCGCCACUGCCUCCCCCCGACGCCGAGGCUUCGCCGCCGGCCACCGCAGACGACGAGCAGCGCCGGCCACCGCCUGCCCCCGGAACGGAGCCACCGCCGGACGCGAUCUUCUGCGCGCCGCCGCCCCUGCCGCCGCCGCCACCGGAUCCGCGUCCCCUGCCGCCGCCGUCCCCGCCCCCGGAUUUGCCGCUGAUCGCCCCACCCCCGGAUUUUCCCCUCCGCCCGAUUUGUGCGCCCGCGGGGCUGGCCGCGACGCCGCUCGGCCGAGCGCGUGACGGGACGCCCAGGCGCCCUCUCCCACCCCCGUUGAGCCCGCUCAUCCCCCUCAACACCGACGCGCCUAGGCCCUAGGCUGCCCCUCCCCUGAACAGCACUCUCGGCGCAUCUGAGAUGGCCCGCGCUCUGCGGCUCCUCUCCCGCACGGUGGUGAGGCUGCGGCCGCUGCCUGUCCAGGGGCCGACGAGGGGCUUCUCCGCCUCCGUGCAGGAGCCGUUCCACGUUUGCGUCGUUGGCAGCGGCCCCGCAGGGUUCUACACCGCCGACCGGAUGCUGAAGGGUCAUGAAGGAGCACAAGUUGAUAUCAUUGAUAGGCUCCCCACACCAUUUGGCCUAGUCCGUUCUGGAGUCGCUCCAGAUCAUCCAGAAACAAAGAUUGUGGUAAAUCAAUUUUCUCGUGUAGCUGCAAAUGGCCGCUGUUCAUUCUUUGGGAAUGUAACACUCGGAAGGGAUGUCUCUCUAUCAGAGCUUCGCGAAACAUAUCAAGCUGUGGUUCUUGCUUAUGGAGCAGAAAGUGAUAGGUCACUUGGUAUUCCUGGAGAGGAUCUGAAAGGAAUUCAUUCAGCUCGAGAGUUUGUGUGGUGGUACAAUGGACAUCCAGACAUGUGCGACUUGUCUCCUGAUUUGAAAAACACACAAUCUGCUGUUGUCCUUGGUCAGGGAAAUGUAGCUCUUGAUGUUGCUCGCAUUCUUUUACGCUGUAAAACAGAGUUGGCUACUACAGAUAUUGCUGAUUAUGCGUUGGAUGCUCUAUGUGGCAGCACUAUAAGGAAGGUAUACUUGGUUGGGCGACGGGGUCCAGUACAGGCAGCUUGCACAGCAAAGGAGCUGCGUGAAAUUCUAGGUUUGAAAAAUGUUCGUGUUUGCAUCAAGGAGGCUGAUCUCGCUACUUCACCUGCAGAUGAGGAGGAGAUGAGGAGUAGUAGAAUCCAAAGAAGGGUUUACGAGUUGCUGUCCAAAGCUGCAAGUGCACAUAGGGACAACAGUUGCAAUGACCAAAAGGAGCUUCAUUUUGUGUUUUUCAGGAGACCAACCCGGUUCACCCCUUCAGAAAAUGGUUCCACGGUUGGUGCUGUUGAACUUGAGAAGACAGCUUUAAAAGUUGAUGAAGUAACUAGGAAGCAGGUGGCAGUAGGAACUGGUGAGUUUGAAGACCUAAAAUGUGGUCUGGUCUUGAAAAGUAUUGGUUACAAAUCCUUGCCUGUACAAGGUUUGCCUUUUGACAAAAUCAGAGGAGUUGUGCCAAACUUGAGAGGUCGAGUCAUGAGCAGUGAAUCAGAGACUGCCACGGUGGAAACAGGGCUGUACGUUGUAGGAUGGUUAAAGAGAGGACCCACUGGGAUUGUUGCGACAAAUCUCCACUGUGCUGAAGAAACAGUGGCUAGCAUCCUUGAAGAUGAUAGGAAGGGCGUGUUAAGGGCCCCAUCUGAUUCGAAGAAGCAUGGAAGGACAGGACUUGUUGAGAUCCUAGAACAAAAGAAUGUCCAUUUUGUGCCAUUCAGUGGUUGGGAGAAGAUUGAUUCCAAGGAAAAGAUGGCAGGGCAGCUGAGAAACAAGCCUAGAGAGAAGAUCACAACCUGGGAUGGGCUGCAGAAAGCUGCAAACGAGUAAAAUUAGGAUGGCCCUCCCAGAAAUUUUGUUUCCAUGUGUUUGUAUCAAAGAAUUGCACUAAAGAGAGAACCCUGUAUUUAGUAAUAAAAGAUGAUAUUGACAUAUGUUCACUGAAGAGCUCACAUACUAAUACUGCUUAGGGCUCACAUACGAGCAAACUAUGGCAUUCAGUAAAGGAAAAUACUAAUAGUGGUUCAUUCCAUUGUA